AUGGCAACCCGUCCAGUACAAAGUACAGGUGCCUUGGCCACACACGAUUGGCCUCCAUGUUCAAAUUCACCGGCAGGAUGGACUGCACGACCGUCAGACGACAGCCGCUACCAACACUUUGGAAGCGGCACCCAUAGUGCUGACUGCGAGGGCAAAGAAUCCUCUGCUUCUGGACUGUUCGUCUGGCCGUCGACUGACUUUCCGUGUCUCCCAACACCGCCAUUGCGGCCGGUCGAGUCGACUUCUGACAGCACCAGCACUACCAGCGAGGACCUGUGCGGUCCAGAUCGUCUCUUCGGGUCGCUUCUGGCUUCCUCGACACUGUUUCCAGCCUCUGUUGCUGUCGUCGGGCAUAGGAUGGGCGAAGACUUGAACGAGGCUUUGCCAGAUCUCGGACAGCGCAUAAAGGAUCCGCUUGCUCGGGACGCUGCCAACGUGACUCCCGGGAUCGACGAUACUCCCUACCUUCGCCAUGCUCUUGAUGCCCUCACGGAAUGCAUUGCGCCGUCAUUGGGCGGAGCUAACAACGGCAGCAGAAGCGCGCCUAACGAUCAGGACUGUCUCACAACACAGCCGCCUUCCAGAGAUACUCGUGGAGCCGACAUCGGCCCACUGCCUGCCUCUCUUCCGCUGCUGUCGUUCCCUCGGCCUGUGCGCGGCGGACCCGAUAUUGGAAAGCACUCACUCGUUCACGCCGCUCACUCGCCUCGUCAAUUCGACCCAGUUCAAACCUACAUCGCCCCUAGGCUUUUCCCUAGACAUGAUGGGCAAAAUCUCCCACGACCUGAUUUCAAACCCGCCAUUCUGCGCCCGGUGUCGUUGGCGGUUUUCACUGCAUUGUGCUUUCUUCUUGAUGUCGGUCUCAUCUUCAGUGCCGUCUACUCGAGGGCAUUUGACGGACUCACCGUCCGCAGCAGCAACACGUACGGGAGUCAGUAUUUUGUCUUCCGCAUCUUCCCGCAGCUGAUAUCUGCCAUCGCAUUUCUCUACGCAUAUUCCAUAUCCCUGGCCAUUAUCAGAAUCCACCCGUUCGUUUGCAUGGCUGCUGCUCUGCGUCCUGGAAAGUGCAGCCGUGAUGGAGCUGUGUUCGACCGCCUGUAUCCAAUAUCCUUCCUCUGGCCGCCCUUGUUGGGCACCGCGACUUGGCACGUCUGGGUGCCUCUGUUGGGCUUCUGGCUAAUGAACUUUGCCGUGCCGCUCCAGAGCUCCGUUUUCUCUGUAGUCGUCGUCAAUGGCACAUUGCGGUGGGCGACUGUGCAGAGUGUUGCUUGGACAUUGGUUGGACUUUACUCGUCUGUCGCCACCGCGACAUUCAUGCUGCUGAUCUACUUCCGAUACAACAUGACCGGCCUUCUCUGCGACCCGCGAUCCAUUGCAGACUUUAUUGUUCUUUCUUCCGAUAGCAGUACUCUUGCAGAUUAUUACGGCACGGAGGUGAUGGGCACACGCGAUGAGAUACGCGUUGCCCUCCGCCAGCGAGGCCCAGACAGGCUUGGAUACUGGACCUGGGACGAUGGCCGUGGGAAACAGAUAUGGCACGGAAUCGGACCAGGCCAGGCGGACAGCAUCUGGCGUGGACAGAGCCAAAAUGGCAAUAAAGCUGGACGUGAACACGGCGGCGGAAUACUGGGACGAAAUGGUGUCCACCGAACGUCUGGAGACAACAGCUUAAGAGAUACGGCACCCUCGCCUCAAACAGGGUCGGCUCGCUACAGCUAUCUUCCGUGGUGCAUGCGCAGUAUCCAGCUCCUGUGCUUUAUAGCAGCGUCGUUUUCUCUGCUUCUGGCACUGUUUAUCGUUUCCUUCCUGCCUUCUACCCACUUUGAGGCGGGCUUUCUACCCGAGGUGGCCACGACCUCGACAUUAGGUGCAUUUUCGCCUGCCAGCUUCCUCUAUAGCUUUCUGCCUGCUCUUCUUGGCCAAAUCAUGUUCCUGUUAUUUGCCAGCCUGGAGCUGUCGUUUCGGAUCUUGCAGCCGUGGGCAGAGAUUGCUAGGCAUCCCGGGGGUGCCCCCCCUGAAGCCUCCAUCCUGGCAGACUACCCGGCCUGUUUACCCUUGCAGAGCACCUUGCAUGCUGCUAUCAAUCGUCACUGGCAUGUUGCUGCCUUGUCUCUGCUGUCAGUAUUGUUUGCCUUCCUUCCUGCCCUGGCCGGCGGCUUGUUUCUGGCAUCGGAAGCUCCUCUGGGGGGUAGCAAGGUGCGCAUGGUUUCAUAUAUGGCGCUAUAUGGCGUUGUACUCGCACUCUUGGUCCUGUAUUUUGCAUGCCUUGUGGCCGCGCUGCCAUACCACCACGACUUCCGGCUGCCGCACGGCGUCACUAGUAUUGCAGAAAUUUUGAGCUUCUGUGCCAACGAUGACCUUGCACGCACUACAGAUGGUGGCCGACGCCUCGGCAUACAUCGCGUCCGCCGGUAUACAGAACUGGCCAACCGGCCGAACAGCCGACAGCCCCCGCAGACGAGGGGCUGA